AUGGAAGUGGACGACUCGUUCCUGCCUCUUCUCCAGGAGGAGUACAAGGGCAAAAAGCUCCAUGACCCCAUCAACACCGCCGAGGACAAGUGGCAGCUUUUGCCUGCGUUCCUAAAGGUCAAGGGUUUGGUGAAACAGCACUUGGACUCGUUCAACUACUUUGUGGAUGUGGAUUUGAAGAAGAUCAUCCGGGCAAACGAGUUGGUGCUUUCCGACGUGGACCCGCUGUUUUACUUGAAGUACUUGGACAUCCGUGUGGGUCACAAACUGACCCUGGCGCCUGGAACCAAGGAGGUGAUUAUGCCUCCACACGAGUGCAGACUCCGUGAUUUGACAUAUUCGGCGCCAAUCUACGUGGAUGUGGAGUAUACACGUGGCAGAAAGAUCAUCAUGCACAAGGACUUGGAGAUUGGCCGAAUGCCCGUGAUGUUGCGUUCCAACAAGUGUGUUUUGGACGGCAUCGACGAGGCCAAGAUGGCCCAGCUUGAGGAGUGUCCGAUCGACCCUGGUGGAUACUUUAUUGUCAACGGUACGGAGAAGGUCAUUUUGGUUCAGGAGCAGCUUUCCAAGAACAGAAUCAUUGUGGAGGCGGACGAGAAGAAGGGCAUCGUCCAGGCCUCCGUCACCUCGUCUACCCACGAGAGAAAGUCCAAGACCUAUGUUAUUUCCAAAAACGACAAGAUCUACUUGAAACACAACUCCAUCGCCGAGGAUGUCCCUAUCGUGGUGGCCUUGAAAGCCGCCGGUAUCGUUUCAGAUAUGGAGGUGUUGCAGCUAGUCUGUGGCUCGAAUCCCCAGUAUCAGGACCUUUUCGCCAUCAACUUCGAAGAGGCCGCCAAACUCGGCGUCUUCACACAGCAGCAGGCGCUUCUAUUCAUCGGAAGAAGAGUCAAGACCGUCCGUCGUGCCGGUGCUCCUAGACUUUCCCAGCUCCAAGAAGGUAUCGAGGCAAUUGCCACCACUGUGAUUGCCCAUUUGACAGUCUCCGACCUUAACUUCCGUGAAAAGGCUUUGUACAUAGCCAUCAUGGCCCGUAGAGUGUUGAUGACCAUGCACAACCCUGCUAUGGUGGACGACAGAGAUUACGUGGGUAACAAGCGUCUAGAGCUUGCUGGCCAGCUUAUGUCCUUGCUUUUCGAGGAUUUGUUCAAGAAGUUCAACUCGGACUUCAAGGCUAACAUUGACAAGAUUAUGAAGAAGCCCAGUCGAACCUCUGAGUUUGAUGCUUUGCUUUCCAUCAACAUUCAUUCCAACAACAUCACAAUGGGCAUGAACCGUGCUAUCUCGACAGGUAACUGGUCGCUUAAGCGUUUUAAGAUGGAGAGAGCCGGUGUCACCCAUGUGUUGUCUCGUUUGUCUUAUAUCUCUGCUUUGGGUAUGAUGACUCGUAUUUCCUCCCAGUUUGAGAAAUCCAGAAAAGUUUCUGGUCCUAGAGCUUUGCAGCCAUCGCAGUUUGGUAUGUUGUGUACUUCUGAUACUCCAGAAGGUGAGGCGUGUGGUUUGGUGAAGAACUUGGCCCUCAUGACACAUAUCACCACUGACGAUGAAGAAGGCCCCAUCAGAAAAUUGUGUUUUAUUUUGGGCUGUGAAGACAUCAUGAGCAUCGACUCUGCCACUCUUUACUCCGAAGGCAACUUCGGUAUCUUUUUGAAUGGUACAAUGAUCGGAACAACCCGUUUCCCUGUGAAGUUUGUUAGAGACUUCCGUGCCAUGAGGCGUACAGGCAAGAUUUCCGAAUUUGUUUCCAUUUUCACAAACACUCAUCAGGCUGCUGUUCACAUCGCUACGGACGGUGGCCGUAUUUGUCGUCCGCUUAUUAUUAUUGACGAAAAGACAAAAUUACCGAAGGUCAGGGCCCACCAUUUGGAGAAACUCUUGGCUGGUGAUUGGGCUUUUGACGACUUUUUGUACCAUGGACUCGUGGAGUAUUUGGAUGUCAACGAGGAAAAUGAUUCCUUAAUUGCAUUGUACGAAAAAGACCUAGCAGAGAACAACCUCCCGUACACCCAUCUCGAGAUUGAGCCUUUCACCGUUUUGGGUGCAGUUGCUGGUUUGAUUCCAUACCCACAUCACAACCAGUCUCCAAGAAACACAUACCAGUGUGCUAUGGGUAAACAAGCCAUUGGUGCCAUUGCAUACAAUCAAUUCAGAAGAAUUGACACACUUCUAUACUUCAUGGUCUAUCCACAGCAACCGAUGGUGAAAACCAAGACCAUCGAGUUGAUUGACUAUGACAAGUUGCCUGCUGGACAAAAUGCCACUGUUGCAGUCAUGUCGUAUUCGGGUUACGAUAUCGAGGAUGCCUUGGUGUUGAACAAGGCCUCCAUUGAUCGUGGUUUCGGUAGAUGUCAGGUGGUCAGAAAGAACACCAUUCAGCUUAAGAGAUACCCUAACCAUACCAAGGAUAUUGUGGCAGGUAUGCGUGUUGAUGAAAACGGUGAGCCAAUCUUUUCCCACUCAGCAUUGGGCCCCGAUGGUCUCGGUGAAGUUGGUAUGAAGGUUGAAAAUGGUCAGGUUUACGCCAACAAGCAGGUUCCUGUGAAUGCCGGUGAAUCUGUUUUGGGAGAUACGAGCCCACCUGGUACCGAAUCUCACAGAGAAACACCAGCGUACUACAAGGGUCCUGAACCUUCCUACGUGGAUCAGGUCAUGAUGUCUGUUUCCGACAACGAUCAGGCACUUAUCAAGGUGUUGAUGAGACAGACGCGAAGACCAGAGCUUGGCGAUAAAUUCUCGUCCAGACACGGUCAGAAGGGUGUUUGUGGUAUCAUUGUGCAGCAGGAAGAUUUGCCUUUCAAUGACGACGGUAUCUCCCCUGACAUUAUCAUGAACCCUCACGGUUUCCCAUCUCGUAUGACAGUUGGUAAAAUGAUGGAAUUGAUUUCCGGUAAGGCUGGUGUGUUGAACGGUAGUCUCGAAUAUGGUACCUGUUUUGGCGGCUCCAAAUUGGAAGAGAUGUCUCAAAUUUUGGUUGACAAGGGAUUCAACUAUUCGGGUAAGGACAUGUUGUAUUCCGGAAUUACAGGUGAGUGUCUCCAAGCCUAUAUUUUCUUCGGUCCUAUCUACUACCAGAAGUUGAAGCAUAUGGUGUUGGACAAGAUGCAUGCUAGAGCAAGAGGUCCAAGAGCCGUCUUGACUAGACAGCCUACGGAAGGUAGAUCCAGAGAUGGUGGUUUGAGAUUGGGUGAGAUGGAAAGAGACUGUGUUAUCGCCUAUGGUGCUUCGCAGCUCUUACUAGAAAGAUUGAUGGUUUCUUCGGAUGCUUUCGAAGUCGACGUGUGCAACAACUGUGGUUUGAUGGGUUACAGCUCUUGGUGUAAGACCUGUAAGAGCUCCGAGUACAUCAUCAAGAUGACCAUUCCAUACGCUGCCAAGUUGUUGUUCCAGGAACUCUUAUCCAUGAACAUCGCCCCAAGAUUGAAGUUGGGUGAUGUCUUCUAA